UCUACAACCCAGGGUUCAGAUGACCGCUAUCAAUAUUCUAUUCAUCAUCAACGAUAUUCUUUGCAAAACACUCAUUAUCACAGGACCUUGUACUUUACUUGGUGUGUCAUAACUUCUGGCAUGUACUAGGUAGUAAGGGUUUAAGGUUUUGGGUACCCGCGUUUGUAUGCAUCUUACAAGGUUCUAAUAGUUCCAAGGUUACCUAGCUUUAAGUUGGAAACUUAGAGCUUAAGCUUCUCCCGUCCCUUCAUCAUUGAUCCCAUUCAUUCAAACACCCGAAACGGCUUCCUCUUCUCGCCUACUACAUCAACUUUAUUCCCUUCCUGUACCUAUCUUGUCACCAGUUAAACUUGUCGAGACAAAUAUGAUAAGACAGAAAAUAGAACCUUACUUUCACUAAACUAGAGAGCCGAGAGCCUUACCAAAAAGAAAAACCGUUGUGAUUUACCGAUGAGUCAACACGAUGCCACCGAAUCUCUUUUCCCGCCUCGUCCAAUCUAACGAUAAUCGGACUUUGUACGAUCGACUAAGCGAUGACCAUGACGGCGAUAUCGAGGGCACAGCUGGCUUAGAUCUAGAUGAACAGAAUCUAGCCCAUAACUUUCACGAUGAAGAGCUCGACAACGCAGAUGGCUUGGGUCUUGAUGAUAGUCACGUCUCUGCCCCACGCAGCCCUGUCGCUACUCCAGGUGAUGCACGUCGCGGUAAUAUGAGAAUAGGCAGACAAGAUGCGAGACCGCGGUGGCUUAUGCACGAAGACGAUGGAGAUAAUGAUGUACCUGCAUCUCUUCUGGUAGAAGGACCUGAUGCUGCGACACCCAACCCACACCCUCAAAGAGCCAGCCCCCGACAAGCACGUAAUACCACUAGAUCAAAUCGAAGAAUACAAGCGCAGUGGGAAACUGCGCAGGCACAUCAGAGAUUACAUCAAGACGAUGAGUAUGGUCCGUCUCCUGGUCAACGUCAGGCAGACGCAGCUACGAGGAGACCAGGCUUCGCUGGCAGUCCUAAAGACAAGGCUAUGUUCAGAUGGGCUAAUGUCUCCAAUCUGGACGUCUUCAUUCGGGACGUCUAUGACUACUAUCUCGGAGCAGGAAUGUGGUGUAUCCUGCUCGAGAGAUUCCUUCAUUUACUGAAAGUUGUGUUCGUCGCAACCUUACUCACUCUGCUAUCACAGUGUAUAGACUACAGCAAGAUUCGGGAGAGUAAGCAUCUGUCGCAGAUCAUGAUUCCACAGUGCACCAAGCACAUGUGGGGGAUCUGGAACUUGAGCCUGUGGAUCUGCAGUUUCUACUUCAUCUGGAAGACCAUCCAGUGGAUCCUCGACAUACCACGGCUAUUACAUAUCCGCGAUUUCUUCGUCUAUCUCCUGGAGAUUCCUGAAGAAGAUAUGCAAACCGUAUCAUGGCAGGAUGUCGUAUCCAAGAUUACAGCCUUGCGUGACGAGAAUGUUAAGACAGCUACCAACAUAACCCCGUCGCAGCGGCGUUUCCUGUCUAAGCAGCUAGGACAGCAUAUGGCUAGCCAAUCGAAGGAACGGCUCGAUGCCCAUGAUAUUGCGAAUAGGCUGAUGAGACGAGAGAACUAUAUCAUUGCUCUUUUCAAUAAAGAUAUACUAGAUCUGACAGCCCCCAUUCCAUUUCUGAGCAACAGACAACUAUUUUCAAAAUCUCUUGAGUGGACUGUUCAAUUCGGAGUUCUGGACCUCGUCUUCAACGAAGGUGGUCAGGUUCAUCAACGCGUCCUUAAAUCUGACCACCGAGGACAUCUCAGCAGGGAAAUGAAGACAAGAUUCGCUUUUGCUGCGGUCAUGAAUCUCCUCUUUGCCCCAUUCGCUGCCUCCGCUCUCCUCGUCGACUUCAUCUUCACAUAUUACAACGAAUUCAAAACCAACACUUCAUCUUUAGGAGCAAGACAGUAUACGCCACUUGCAAGAUGGAAGUUUCGCGAGUUCAACGAACUCCCACAUCUAUUUGAAGAACGUCUCAAUAUGUCUUAUCCUUUUGCAAAACAUUACAUAGACCAGUUUCCAAAGAAAAAGACCGAGUCGGCUGCUCGGACAGUCCAGUUCUUUUCCGGAGCUCUCAUUGCUGUUAUGGCCAUCGUAGGAUUUUCCGAUCCGGAGAUGUUUGUGGACUUCGAGCUGUUCCCAGGGAUGAACGCAUUUGCCUUUGUUGCGCUCCUGACGACCAUAUGGGCUGUUGCUCGUGGAAUGAUAUCGGAGGAGAACGACGUUUUCGAUCCCGAGUUUGCGAUGCAGAACGUCAUCGAAUACACACAUUUCCAGCCAGAUCAGUGGAAAGGGAGACUUCACAGCUAUGAGGUGAAGGCCGAAUUCUCCGAACUCUAUAAGGCAAGAAUCGUCAUCUUCUUAGAGGAGAUCAUCGGCGUCUUGGUAACACCACUGGUGCUUUUCUUUAGUUUACCAAAGUGCAGCGAUCAGAUCAUCGACUUCUUCCGCGAAUUCACGAUUCAUGUUGACGGGUUGGGUUACGUAUGUUCGUUCGCCGUCUUCGAUUUCCAAAAAGACAAACGAACAACUAGUGGGCAACAGCAACAACCACCACCACAAAAUAACAUAAACGAUGCUCGCGAAGAUUACUAUGCUACCAAACACGGAAAGAUGCAGGCUUCAGUACAUGGCUUCCUUGAUAACUACGUCUACCAUCCCAGAACCGGUCUACCAGGUUCCCAUGCAUUAGGCCCAGCCGGCCGUCACCAAUUCCACCCUCCGCCCACCUUCCCUGGCUUGAUGUCACCGACACUCGCUGCGGAUAUGCACUCGUCACGCAUCGGCCGCAGCGAGCGGCCGCGAAGCCGAGCACCGACCGGGGCUCAACGAACGCCGCGCUUCGGACCGGCCGUUGCUCCAUCGCCAAUGGCGUCUAUGCUUCUCGAUCCCCACCACCAACCCUCUGCUUCUUUCAUAGCCACCGCGCCGACCAACCGCACUCCGCAGCGCAUACGUCAACAACGGAGCGUGUACCAUGGCGGUAGAGAUAUCAUCGAGGAGUCACUCGAAGACGGCGCCUCGCGCAGCGUCAUCCGCCGCCAGGACACGGGUUACACGGACGACGGCGACGUUGAGGAAAGUGUGGCAAGGCUAGGCGAGUCCACGUGGGAGGGUUCACCUAGGCACGGGCUAAGUCGCGAAGAGAGCACCGCUACGGACGAUGGCGACGGGCCCGGGGUGGUCACCAUGCUGAAGCAGUUCCAGCAGGUACAUAUGGAUAGGCGUGGAGUUAUGUGAGUGAAGCACUUAUCCAUGCCUACCUACCCGACCUUCUUUACACGGUAGGUUAGGUUAGGCUAGGCUAGGCUCCUACAUGCGAGCCGGGAUAAAGGGAAGGGAAGGAGUUCAGGCGGCUGGACUGGCUACACUAGGUCUGUUUAAUUUGUGUUUUUUGGGAGGGGUUGGCGAUUCAGAGCGUGCAUGCAUACAAUACCUAGAAUACUCUCUACUAGGGAUAGACAAUUACCAAUUUGAUUUUAUUACCAUA